CAACGAUGGCGAUGGAUUGAGUUUUAAUUGUGCGAAUGAGUAUGAGUGUGGCCGCGGCACGGCGGCGUGUUGUUCAAUGCAUGGGGUGCAGCCGCAGCGUGCCAGUGGGAAUUGAAUAAACGAGGGUGAUGCGUUCGACUUGGUGUGAGGAGGCAGCUAGGCAGGCAGCAACAACAAUACAAGCAAACAUACACGAGUUUUUCUGCCGUGUUUUGUGUACACAUCUCUCCCCCUUCUGCCGGUGGUGCAGGCAAAUGGGUGUUUUAGUUUCGUCGUGACAUCGCUAGAGUUAAGUCGGAUUUUGUGUUGCGCGCUGCCGGACGGUUGUUGGUUCGUUUCGACACGGGUGGAACGAUUUUUUUUUGCUUUCGGUUUUGGUUUGUUGUUUUUGUUGCUGGAAGGCUGCGGGAAGACGAACGACCGAAUGAAGCAGUGCGAUCUCCGGCCACUGAGAAGAGGCAGAUUCCAGGCGGAAGGCAAAGAUUGCUGCUGAUGUUGAAAGCGAGGAAUUCGAGCGCGGCUUUUGAGCAGCUAUCGCGUGUGAUUGGGAAGACGUGUCGGUGCAUGUAGGAAACCGUCGAGGGCGGCGGGAACUGGUAUCAAGUGGUGCGUUUAUCCGUUGAAGGAAGGAAAGGAGCGAAAUUGUAAUUGCGAAUCGAGGCAAUUUCGGGGUCGGGUGUUUACGUACGCGCAUUGUAGAACCUUGGAAGGAAAGUGUUCGAUGAUUGAUGGAUUUUACUGCGGUGCCCAGGUGUGACUAAACCGAUUAUGGAUUACUGCAACAGUGCCGACGUGCGGGAGUCGAUAAGCGAUGAAAUAUUUUUUGGGGGCAGUGAUUGAAGAGAAGCUAGUUUCAAUCACACCGAAAAGUGAUUAGCGAAACCGAACGACGGAAGUGAUCAACAGUGAAGCAAGCAAGCAAGCGAGCGCACAUAAGUGAAAGAAGCGCAUAGUGAAACAAUUAUUUUGUUCGACAGAAGAAGCGAAGUGUGCUCACCAGGAAGAAAACAUAAAAUUUCGAAGCGUUUAUCAGCUGAACGCAAAUAUUGGAUCAAGACCGCAGAGAACCGGAACCGGCACGCAGAGAUAGUGAACAAGCGGAGUCAAAAGCGGAGUGUUGUGUGCGGCUGGAGAACAUCCCAAAGUUCCUUAUCAGCAAGCAGAAAACUACACAUACGGAUCUCAACUUCGUGAAGCUCGAAGAAGAAUAGAAGCAAUCAGCAUGAGUGUCGAACGGUGAAGAAAAAUUGCUUGUUCCUAAGUGAUUAAUUGUGUUGUGUGUCAAAAUCUAGUUGAAGGCAAUAUCCACUCCCGAAAGUGUGAGUGUAAUAGGUGAUCCAAAAAAAGAAGAAAAUUCCUCACCCAAAGUUAAAAGUGCUAUGUGUCCCACAAAGGUGACGAUGCGGAAACUGGUGAUCCUGGUGACGACGGCGGUGGCCCUGGCCGGUUUAACCAGCGCUGCCCACUGGGACCACGCGGUCGAUCUGGACGAAAACUACCGGCUGCUGUGGAGCAUCAACAACCAGGACAUCACCUUCGAGGUGCAGGCGCGCACCUUGGGCUACGUCGGCCUAGGGUUCUCCACCGAUGGGUCCAUCUACGGGGCGGACAUCGUGAUCGGAUGGGUCGACAACGGGCAGGUCCACUUUCAGGACCGGCAUUUCAAGAUGAACAGCAACGGCGAACCGCACGUGGAUCCCUCGCAGGACUACGUCCUCCUGCUGGGGUACGAAAACGCAACCCACACGGUGCUCCGGUUCCGACGGAAGCUGGACACCUGCGAUACCAAUCAGGAUGUGCCCAUCACGAACGACACCAUCCGGAUUAUCUACAUGUACCACAACCGUGAUCCGAAGAACGGUGCCCAAGCCAUCGGGACGCUGCCGGAUCCGAACGAGGCCUUCAAGGACUCGGUGCCAAUCUUCCUGACCCAGCGGGUGAACCAGGUUCCGAUCGAGCUGGACUCGCGGACCCGGACGCUGGAGCUGCGCAACAAAGACGUCGAGAUACCGAUGGGCGAUGACAACCUGCGGUGGUGCAAGAUGUUCAAGCUGGACCAGUUCGUGCGGAAGCAUCACAUGAUACGGUACGAGCCCGUGAUCGAGUCCCGCUCGAAUCUACCGUUCAUGAAGCACAUCAUUCUGUACGAGUGCCAGGGUUCGACGCCGGAGCUGGAGAUCAUGUCCCGCGAGUUUGGCCGAUCGUGCAUGAAGGCCGAGAAGGAGCUACUGACCUGCAACUCGAUUGUGGCCGCCUGGUCCCGCGGAUCGGAGGGUUUCACAUUCCCACUAGAAGCCGGCUACCCGCUCGAUUCGUAUCAGGCCCGUUUCUACAUGAUGGAAACGCACUACAUGGGCUUCCAGAGCAACUCCAUCGACAUGCGUCCCCGGAUGGACAACUCCGGCCUUCGCAUGUACUACACGACCACCCUACGGAAGCAUGAUGCUGGCGUCCUCUCGGUUGGCAUCCAACCGAACUGGCGACACAUUAUCCCUCCCGGUCAGGAGAAGGUAGUAUCGGAAGGUCACUGCAUAGAGGAAUGCACCCAACGAGCGUUCCCUCGUCCAGGCAUCAACAUCUUCGCCGUGAUGAUGCAAACUAGCCACAUGGGUAAACAGGUCCGACUGAGGCAGAUCCGGUAUCGGGAAGAGAUGCCACCCAUCGCUCACGAUCUGAACGUGGAUGCCAACUACCAGGAGUUCCGACGGUUGCACAACCCCGUCAAAGCACUGCCAGGCGACCGCCUAAUCGCCGAAUGUUCCUACGACAGCACGUCGAGAAAGACGAUUGCCCUCGGAGGCUACACCUCCCGAGAUGAAACCUGCCUGGUGCUCAGCUUGUACUAUCCUCGCCAGAAGGAGCUCACCUCGUGCCACUCGAUACCUAGUCUACCCACGGUACUGCACGCCGUCGGAAUCAAUGAGCUAGCUCCCGGAGCAAAUCCUAUUCGGAUAGCAUCGCCUCCGGAGAUCGCCGGAAUGACUCUGGAGGAACGGCUACUCUCCUACGACUGGAGGGUGAACUUCAACGCGUUCCAGUACGUGAUACGGAAGGGUGCCUUCAAGCCUCUCUGCUGGAGUGCUCGGAACACUCCCAUCCCGGGUACCGACAACAUGGACGCGUACGCGCCGAACCUCACCCGCAUUUGGCGACCGACGCCCACGUGUGGCGUCGCGAGUUCGCCCGGCGUCGGUAGUGGAGCCAAUAGCGUCAGCCGGUUCGUCACUGAGCGGGAAACGAACGUGCCCAGCUGGACGCUGCUGGAGGAGGACGACAGCAACAAUGUGAUCGAGGGCGCGGCGCGGAGCAAAUCGAUCCGCAGUUCGACGCAAGCGGGGGUCGCCCAGUCCGGCACGGCGACGCUUGUGUCCCGGGUGGCACUGUUUGUGAUCUUCAUCAACACGGUCAGGUUAGGGCAGGCGGCGGCGUUGCUGUGAGUGAAAGAGUGAGUCGCGGACCGUGCGGCUGAUAAUGUAAGCACGAAGAAAUGCGAGUGAUGGGUGCGCUGUGAUUGGUGAUAGACUAGUGUAGCAGAUACAAAAAUGGGUCGGAAGAAGAGAGAGGAUACCUAAGCAAAUAGUCCAGGCGGUGUGCAGUCGGUGAGGAGAGGCGAGCGCACCCCCGAGGAGAGACCAUAGAAAUAAAAGACUGUUGUGUAUAGAUACAAUGAGCGACAGGAGAAAGAAAGAAUGACCGAAAGAUAGAGAUACGAAUAUUUUUGUACAGGUUUUAUAUGAUAAUUGUGUAUUAUAGUCGAAGAUGAGAAGUAGAUUUUGUUCGGUUUUCUUGUUCGAGAAAAUCGCUAGUCAUUUGAACAGAUUCUGUUGAAUAGUAUUUAAUGCGAGCAGCAGGCAGCCGAAAGAUUGGUUACUGCCACCAGUUUCGAAUUAUUUAAACCUAGCGAAAACAAAGUGGAACAUUUAGCAAUAAGAGAACGAUAGAUGCGGUAUAGACAAUUUACUGUAAUACCAAUAAGUCGAAUACACUUGAGCCAGUUGUUGACAAUGUAUAUUUUGUACAGAACGAAUAGACGGUGCCGACUGAGUGUAUAAUUUUUGUAAAUAUAAUAGGAAUAAUAAAAAAUUACAAUGAAAUGAAAUUUUAA